GGAGAGAAUGUCAUAUUUGUCGCAACGAAUCGAAAUCUUGGUUGAGGUAAGAUAAAGGUCCCAAGUAGUAAUAUAAAUAUAUAGCAUAGAUAGGGAGAUGGAGGCAGCUGCGGGCUUUGUAUGUAUGUCCAUUUAAGGGCAGGCCAUUAAUGUUCAAGGCUUAGCUUUGGUGACGUAACUCAACUCAGAUCAUCUGGCAUUCAAAGGGAGAAAGAGAGAGAGAUUGAAAAAUGGAAAGCUCAGACAAGGUGGUGGAGACGAUAAUAGCAGGGAACUAUGUGGAGAUGGAGAGAGAAGGGAAAGCUAAGGACAUGAAGACUAAGAUCUCUAACCUCUUCUGGCAUGGCGGAUCGGUGUAUGAUGCUUGGUUUAGCUGUGCUUCUAAUCAGGUGGCUCAAGUCCUGCUGACGUUACCGUACUCGUUUUCUCAGCUGGGGAUGGUGUCGGGCAUAUCAUUUCAGCUCUUCUAUGGGUUGAUGGGCAGCUGGACUGCCUACCUCAUUAGUUCUCUCUAUGUUGAGUACAGAACUAGAAAAGAGCGAGAAAAGGUCGAUUUCCGCAAUCACGUCAUUCAGUGGUUUGAAGUUCUUGAUGGGCUGCUUGGAAAGCACUGGAGAAACGUGGGUUUGGCAUUUAACUGCACUUUUCUUCUGUUUGGAUCUGUAAUUCAGCUCAUCGCUUGUGCUAGCAAUAUCUAUUACAUAAAUGAUAAUCUGGACAAGAGGACUUGGACCUACAUCUUUGGAGCUUGCUGUGCUACCACCGUCUUCAUCCCCUCCUUUCACAACUACCGCAUUUGGUCUUUUCUUGGCUUGUUGAUGACUACUUACACCGCUUGGUACCUAACCAUCGCUUCCCUCCUCCAUGGCCCGGUUGAGGGGGUUAAGCACUCUGGACCAACCAAACUUGUGCUAUACUUCACAGGAGCCACAAACAUUCUAUACACAUUCGGGGGACAUGCUGUCACUGUAGAGAUAAUGCACGCUAUGUGGAAGCCACAGAAGUUCAAAGCAAUUUACCUGUUGGCGACAAUGUUUGUGUUGACACUGACGUUACCUUCGGCAGCGGCAGUGUAUUGGGCAUUCGGAGAUUUGCUUCUUGACCAUUCCAAUGCCUUUUCUCUUCUCCCAAGAACACCCUUCCGUGACAUGGCUGUCAUCCUCAUGCUCAUUCAUCAGUUUAUAACGUUCGGAUUUGCUUGCACGCCAUUAUACUUUGUGUGGGAGAAGGCAAUAGGCAUGCACGAAUGCAAGAGCCUAUGCAAGAGGGCAGCAUCAAGGUUGCCUGUGGUCAUACCCAUAUGGUUUCUGGCCAUCGUCUUCCCAUUCUUUGGCCCUAUCAAUUCCACAGUAGGCUCGCUUCUCGUUAGCUUCACCGUCUACAUUAUCCCUGCUCUUGCUCAUAUGUUCACCUUCAAAUCAUCCGCGGCCCGAGAGAAUGCUGUGGAACAGCCUCCCAAGUUUUUGGGAAGAUGGGCGGGAACAUUUACCAUAAAUAUAUUUAUAGUAGUGUGGGUGAUGAUUGUUGGUUUUGGGUUUGGUGGGUGGGCAAGCAUGCUAAACUUCAUCCACCAAAUUGACACAUUCGGACUUUUCACCAAGUGCUAUCAAUGCCCUCAUCCUCACCAGCCCGCCCCGGCACCCCAAAUCCUCAACGCCACCGCGCCUGCCCCAUCUCUACUGCACCUCACCAAUCUCACCCACCACCUUUAAUUUCAAUUCAAUUCUCCCACCCCAUCAAUAUCUCCAUUACAACAAUGCAUGCAUGUGUAAUUGCCUUCUCCGAUCCUCACUCCCAAUUAACUCCAAUCAUCCCAUCCCAUCCCAAAAUGCUAACCACGCCACCCCAGCUUUAAUUUGCUUAUUGUUUCUAUCAAAUUAUAUGAGCUAGCUGAGAGAGAGAGAGAGAGAUAUGCAUGCAUGAAUUAGGUAGGAGCGGAGCAGCAGCUUCAUUUGCUUAGUUCUUUAGUUGUAUCUACUUGAAAUGGAUUUGCUUAGUUCGUUCGUUGUACCUACUUGAAAUGGAGUAGGCCGGCUUUAUAUGGAUCAAAAAAGUUUAUGUUUAAUGUUUAGUGUAUGUGCGUGCAUGGCAUCAUA